GACCGACAAAAACACAAUACCCAGUUUGGACUGACACUAUAGCACCUUCUAUAACCAACCACGGAGCCAAGAUGAGAGUCGGAGUGCCCAUAUUCCUCUUUUUGGCUGCAGCAGGAUUCCACACUGCUCUGACCGCAUCCUUGGAAUCGGCAGAAAAAGAAGACACAUUUGGUGAUGAAGUGGGGCUGGAGCAGCUAAGUGACCUGCAAAAGAGAGAUCAGGAGGAGUUUGAAGCAGCUCAAAUGAGUGAGGCUGUUCAAGAUGAAAAUACUGAGGAGGAGAAUGACACUCAGGAAGAGGACAUGACAGACAGAGACGGAAACGUUGAGGCAGACCAACAUGGUAAGGAAAGGUUGAACGGACAGUGUUUAAAGACACCUGUAGAUGGCACUAAAGUGUUAGAAGACCGACAGUCUGAGUCUGAUGAGGAUGUAGAUGGUAUGAGGCAAAAGCGAGAACACCUUGAAGCCAACGUUGAAGAAGCAGAUGAGACUACAAAUCUAGCUGAGGUAGAGUGAGCCUGCCGGAGGCAUCAUGUGAGGAGGCAGCACUUGCAGACCUACCCCCAUCUUCUAUUACAGAACCCGAAGAACAUUGUGCAGCGAAACAGUUAACCGUUAAUAAAGAGACAUAUCUCUCCCCAUUCUAUU